CAAGAUGUAGUAGCCGCAUUAAGAGAUUGUUCGAUGAAAGAGACGGUCAGGUGAACAUGGAUAAAUAUCUGAAGUCAUUCGCUCCAAUCGAUCCUUUCGAGCGCCUACAGCUGCAGCAUCCGCGCAAUAAACUUAAGCAGAUUCAAAGAGAUGUGGCGAACUGGUAUAAGACUGCCACUGUCCUUGAACAGCUCAAGCCCAUGAAACACGCGCUACCGCGCAGCAAAACUAUCAAGGCAGCAGUGAAGAAAAAGGUCAACCUUGCCGGCGGCAGCCAUUACAUCGGUGAUUUCCUUAACGGCAAGCGGCACGGGUUUGGCGAAUAUAUGUCGCGAAAACAAGGCAUUCUGUACCGCGGUGAUUGGAAAGAAGGAAUUGUCCACGGACAAGGCAAGUUAUUCAAGCGGAUGCCGGAUAAGAGUUGGUUUCUCAUUUACAUUGGGGAAUUCAAGAAUGGACUUAAAGAAGGAUGGGGUACCUUACGCUGGAGUAACAGCGAGUAUUAUGAAGGAUUCUGGGUGCGUGGAAAACGCGAAGGACGUGGCCGCCAUUUCGCGCCGGAUGGCAGCAUUUAUGAAGGACAGUGGCGGAAUGACCAACGCGAAGGAUACGGAACAACCCGAGAAGGUGCCGGCAACCAUCAUUUCGGAGAGUACAGUCAGAAUGUGAAAAACGGCACUGGCAAGUACUAUUUUACCCGCACCGGGAAGUGCUUGCGCGGCGUCUGGCAAGACGACAUCCCCGUAAUGAGCGACAUCAUUCAGUUACAGCGCUACAAAUCUACGUUUCCCCACCAGUAUCCUCUUCCAGAACUUGGCCUGAAAAACCCUGCGAUUGUCCUUCAGAACCAGCUUAACGAAAUCCAGAACCAUCUGGAUUACAUCUCCCCGCGCCUGUCUAUUGGUGAGACACCUACCCGCAUGUCUUAUCUGUCAAGUGAUCGUCGAGGGACGGAUGUAAUUCCUGAAGAAGAGACUACGAUUGGGGAGGAAAGUAAAAGGAACAAGAAAGGCGUCCGGUACGAUAUGCUGCAUUUUCUCCGGAGUCUGCAGCCCGAAGUGUCGGACUUAAAAGAUCCGGUAAUGUCAGCACAAAUGGCCAACCUACUAGUGGCGGUGGAGUAUCUUGAACGAAGCACGGCGGAUUCGUAUCAAGCGGAAGAACAGGAAGUCAAGGAUGCGGCAUCUGCUGAUUGAACUGUGAUAUCAUCAGAUUGCAUUUAUUUAGUCGUACGUGUUGCUUAGCCAUCUCCUGUCUUCCAGAGCAUCGCUGUUCUAAUACCAG